GGGGAUUUGGUCGGCGCCAGCAAGGCCCCGCGCCCCCGCAACGUGGUGGUGGUGGUGGUGGUGAGGCGAUUCCCAUUUGCUGCUCCCGGCGGGGCCCAGACGCCUCCUCCUCGCACUGUCCCCCCUCCCGCUCCCUUUCCUUUCCCCUCUCCUCCUCCUCCUCUCUGAUUGAUUGCCCCUCUUCUCUCCCUACCUCGCCCGAGCCGUGAUACCGUUUGCUAGCGUAGCUAGCUAGAUUCGCGAGGCGGCGGAGAUCGCAUGGUGGGCUUCCGGGCGGCCUUCCUCGCCGCGCUGCAGCUGAAGAUUUCCUGGAAUGCAUCUUGUAGCUUCUGAUCUACUCUGGUAAAUCGUGACAUGGCCCAUGCAGAGACAAGCAAGGGGAGCAUCCAAAGGGGGAAUACCCUUCCGAAUGGGGACAUCUAUGUGGGCAGCUUUGAUGGUUUAGUCCCUCAUGGACCGGGAAAGUAUAUGUGGACAGAUGGGGCUCUUUAUGAUGGUGAGUGGGACAAGAGUAAAAUGACCGGGAGAGGACUAAUUCAGUGGCCUUCUGGUGCAUCCUACGAAGGUGACUUCCGUGGAGGAUUCAUCGAUGGAACCGGCACUUUCAAGGGGGUUGAUGGUUCGGUUUACAAAGGUUCUUGGAGGAUGAACAAAAAGCACGGUAUUGGGACAAUGGUUUAUUCUAACUCUGACAUUUAUGAAGGUUUGUGGAAUGAGGGUUUACCAGAUGGAUUAGGCACAUACACAUGGGCUGAUGGCAACAUAUACACUGGGAGAUGGAAAUCAGGCAAAAUGAGUGGAAGGGGAGUAAUGCAAUGGAUAAAUGGUGAUACACUUGACUGUAAUUGGCUCAAUGGCCUGGCUCAUGGCAAAGGUUAUUGCAAAUAUGCAUCUGGAGCUUGCUACAUUGGUACAUGGGAUAGGGGACUUAAGGAUGGACAUGGUGUAUUUUAUGAACCUGGAAGCAAACUUCCUUGUAACCUUGAAGUCUCUGACUGUCUAACAAGUCAUGAUGGCACAAGUGCUUCAAGUUCUAGUAAUGAAAAGAUCACUAUUGGACUGUUAUUUCUAUUGCAAAAACUAUGCAAGAAUUGGAGAUUGCGUAGUUUUCUUCAUCGGCCCAGGCGUAUUUCAAAUGGCACCACACCUAUUUUUUAUGAUAAUUCUGGAAACCACCUGCGCCAAGAUGUAUCAAGUAAAUCAGCCGAUGAUCAGUGUCUACAAGAUGAUGAAGUUGAUAAAGAUUUGGUUUAUGGACGGGAAUAUGUGCAAGGAGUGCUUGUCAAUGAACAGCCAAGAAACAAAGAUUCAAGAAUGUCAGAUAUAGCACAAGAAAAUAUGUGGGAGAAACAAGCUAGAGGGCCAAUGGAGACUAUUUACAAGGGCCACAGGAGCUAUUAUCUAAUGCUUAACUUGCAACUGGGCAUCAGGUAUACUGUAGGUAAAAUUACCCCUGUGCCUUUGCGUGAAGUCCGGUCAAAUGAUUUUGGACCUCGAGCACGGAUAAAAAUGAAUCUUCGAGAAAUGUUUCAUAUCGAUGCUGCAGAUUACAUGAUGUCUAUUUGUGGCGGUGAUAGUCUAAAGGAGCUUUCUUCACCUGGGAAAAGUGGCAGUAUUUUCUAUCUCUCUCAAGAUGAACGUUUUGUCAUAAAAACACUUAGAAAAACUGAGCUGAAGAUACUGUUGAAGAUGCUUCCAAAAUAUUACAAUCAUGUCAAAGCUUAUGAUAAUACACUCAUCACAAAAUUUUUCGGCGUGCACAGGAUUACUCUGAAAGGUGGAAGAAAGGUCCGUUUUGUCGUCAUGGGAAAUAUGUUUUGUACUGAACUGCGAAUUCAUCGUAAGUAUGACUUAAAAGGCUCUACACAAGGUCGAUCAACAAAGAAACAAAAUAUAAAUGAGAAUACAACACUAAAGGAUCUUGACCUAUCAUAUGUUUUUCACGUGGAUAAACCAUGGAGGGACGCACUCUUCAGGCAGAUAGCUCUUGAUUGUAUGUUCCUGGAAUCCCAAUCUAUAAUCGAUUAUAGCAUGCUAUUGGGAAUCCACUUCCGAGCUCCCAAUCACCUAAGGAGUAUCACAUCAUAUCAUGCCCUUGAAAGCAGUGGAAUUUCACCUCAGACAGAUUAUAGUGUUGCGCUGCAUCACGAGGAGAAAAUUUCUUCAAAGGGAUUUCUACUAGUUGCAGCUAAUGAGCCAGGUCCAACAGUACGUGGUUCACACAUAAGAGGAAGCAUGGUUAGGGCAGCAGAAGGUGGUUAUGAAGAAGUCGAUCUUGUUUUACCAGGCACUGGAAGGUUCCGUGUUCAGCUAGGAGUGAACAUGCCAGCUCGAGCUCGGAAAGUGCACGAGGACGUGAACGUAGAAGUAGUAGAAAACGUGGACACCAUUGAAGAAUAUGAUGUUGUCCUAUACCUUGGUAUCAUUGACAUACUACAAGAGUAUAAUGUGUCCAAACGAGUUGAGCAUGCUGUCAAAUCACUAAAGUUCGACCCUCUUUCGAUAUCGGCUGUUGAUCCAAAUUUGUAUUCGAGACGAUUUGUAAGUUUCUUGGAGAAAGUUUUCCCAGAGCGAGACUAAUCAGUAAAUAGCAGAAUGCCUCACGUAUAGAUUUUGUAAAGAAUCGACAUAUCCUCCAUUGGAAUUAUUUUUUACAGCCAACAUGACGGUUCUUGGGAAAGCCACAACAAAUUUCAGUUCAACUAUGAUUUCUCACUCUAG